AUGACGGUCAUGUUUCCUAUUGGACUAGUUGACAUAGAUGCUUCAGACGCAAAUCCUCUCUCAAAUACUGCUGAAGAUAAGAACGAAAUUGAAAGCACAAAAGAAAGAGAACAAGAGGAGAAACAGAUAGAUUAUGUAAAUACGAUUGAGGAAGGAGAGGAAGAUGAUGAAAAUGGACAAGAGGAUCGAGUGGAAGAUAAUGGAGAUGGACAAGAGGACAGAGAGAAAGAUGAUGGAGAUGGACAAGAGGAUCGAGUGGAAGAUAAUGGAGAUGGACAAGAGGACAGAGAGGAAGAUGAUGGAGAUGGAAAAGAGGACAGAGAGGAAGAUGAUGGAGAUGGACAAGAGGACAGAGAGGAAGAUGAUGGAGAUGGACUAGAGGACAGAGAGGAAGAUGAUGAAAAUGGACAAGAGUAUCGAGAGGAAGAUGAUGGAGAUGGACAAGAGGACAGAGAGGAAGAUGAUGAAGAUGGACAAGAGGACAGAGAGGAAGAUGAUGGAAGUGGAAAUGAGGAAGAAGAGGGAAAUGAGAAAAAGGAUGGUGAAAGUGAAGAAGAUGGAAGUGAACAAGAGGAGACAGAGGAAAAGGAUGGAAGUAGACAAGCACAGAGAUCAGGAAAAGAGAGGAGCCAAGGAAAUGAUCAUUCAAACCAUAGGAAGAAACAACAUGAAGAUGAUCCUGUAUACCCAGGUGCUCCUCUCACAAAGGGACAGAGUCUGCUCUUACUCAUGUCGUAUGUACUGCGCCACAAUUUGACAGAAGUAGCUCUUCAGGAUCUCCUUACUAUGUUCAAUGAACAUUUCCCUGGCUUGGUGCCAGCAACUUCAUAUCUUUUCCAUAAAGCAUAUGGACAAUUUGGCCAGUAUGUGCCACAUUUUUAUUGUAUCAACUGUGAAAGCUACUUGGGAGCUACUGAGACAGCACCACAAAACUGUUCUUCUUGUGAAGCUAAAUUUGAUGCAGAGAAAAACCUAAGGGCUGGAUCUUACUUUCUAGUACUUAGUCUAUCAGCCCAAAUAAAAGACAUUUUGGAAAAACCAGAGAUUUGUUUGAAUAAAACGGAAUCAAUUCCAGGCAUUGUUUCCGAUAUUCAGUGUGGGGAAGAAUAUCAAAAGAUCAAGCAGAGUGGACAAAUGGGGCCUGAUGACAUAUCAAUCUUGUGGAAUUGUGAUGGAAUUCCUGUUUUUAAAACUCAAGGAACUACAACAGAUUGGAAUCACAUGGAGGGACUCUGA